CCUUCAUCACACAGAGAGGAGAGAGACGGAGAGGAGGAAAGACAGAGGAGAGAGAAAACGCCAGGUGGAGAGAAAAUAAAGGAGGAGAAGAAGAAGACUGAUGGUGCUGGCUGAGAGGAGAGUGACGGACGGAGGGACGAGCAACACUGACACAGACUGAUAGACAGAGAGAGAGCGAGACAGACAGGCAGAGGGAGGCUGUAGCAUCCGUCAACUGGGCCUGUGUGUGUGCGUUUGUGCUAUCAGCUGAUUGGACCACACACGCUGAAGGGUGGAGCCAUGAUGGGCAAGGAUUACAUGUUGGCCAUCAUCAUAGUCAAUUAUGAAGACAACAUCUGGACUGACCAGAACCUGCUGCUGGACCCAGACCUUCCAUCUGGAUGGAGAACCAUCAAAGACUCCACAGGAACCUACUAUUGGCACGUUCCAACUGGCGCCACCCAGUGGCAACACCCCCGCCUCACUGGGACACCACAGCCCCUGGACACACAGCAGGAGGAGUCUGGGCAGCCGAGCUCCAACAGAGGGACAGACGGACCAUCUGAGGGCAGGUCUUCGUGGCAUGACGAUUAUCUCACCAACCACGACCCCGACUCCAAGUGUUUUGCGGUGCGUUCACUGGGCUGGCUGCAGGUGGAGGAGGAGGACCUGUCUCCUGGUCGUAGCAGUCUUGCUGUCAGUAAUGUCAUCCAGCAGCUGUCUCACUGCAGCAGCCCCGAGCAGAGAGACAGGCUGGGGGCCUCGGGGGAGGGUCGGGAAAUGAUGCUCGUUCUGAAGAAAGACACUCUGACCCUAUUGGACCCUUUAGACCACACCCCCAUCCACUGUCAGCCAAUCAUCAACAUCCGUGUCUGGGGGGUGGGCUGCAACAACGGCAGGGACAGGGACUUUGCCUUCGUGGCGGGAGAUAAGGACAGUUGUAUGCUGAAAUGUCAUGUGUUUCGCUGUGAUGCUCCGGCCAAAGCCAUCGCUGCAGCUCUGCACGACAUGUGCUCCAAGAUGAUGUCGAAGGAGGCGCUGGUGAGGCCGCCUCACUCUCUGACAAUGGAAAGCAUCUCACCUGAAGACCUGCCCAGACAAGUGGAGUUCCUGGAGGCGGUGCACCAGCAGGUCCAGAAGUUCGAGGUCCAGUACAUUGGGAACCUGCCGGUGUCCAGAGCCAUGGGUAUGGAGGUCCUGAACAGAGCGAUAGAAAGCAUCAUGAAUUCUACAGACAGAGACGACUGGGAGCCAACCGUGAUCCACGUCACUGAUAACGUCCUGUCUCUGUGGAAGGGAGAGGAAGGGGAGGAGCCCUUCUGGGAGUGUCAGGUACGUUUCCUCACCUUUCUGGGUGUCGGCCAUGACAGCCACACCUUCGCAGUGAUUGUCGAUGGCGGCACACAGCGGUUCGAGUGUCACGUGUUCUGGUGUGAACCAGAUGCAGGAAUCAUCUCGGAGGCCGUCCAGGCUGCGUGUAUGGUCCAGUAUCAGAAGUGUCUGGUGGCUCAGACUCCUCCUCCGAGGUCCAAGUCAUUGCGUGUGACCCCCCCAAAGGUCAAACGAGCCAAUUCCAUGGAUGGUGCUGCUUUCCCACCGCUCACUUCCCAGCACCAUGGCAGCAGCAGCUCCACCACGAUGACGCCAAGGAUGACAAAGGCCAACAGCAGCAGCGUGAGGAAGGGGAUGAUGGCCUUCUUCGAAACCUUUCGGAACAAACAGACCGCCACCUCCUAAUGACGGGGGCGGGACCAUCGAAAUGAACGCCAAACCUUUAGGACUGACAUGUACUGUAUUCUCCAAGACCAUGAAGGCAAACUCCCGAUUGGCUGAACUCACGGCCCUGGUGGUCCGACCGGCUGGUCCUGCUGCCUUCACAUCACCAGCGACAACUCGUCUCCUGUUUGCUGGACCUGAAACAUACCCAUCUGAACUCAUCACCAUGCUUGUCUCACCCGCAGCCAUGCCAUCGGGGUCGGGGUGAACAACACGAGUGUCAGCAUUCCGCUUCUGUGUUCCUGGACUGGCCGAAGCCACAAUACUGGUCCUGGUACAACCAACGGACUGGAUCCAGACAAUACAAGAAGGAUCCUGUCAAUUAAGACCUGCCCCAGCACCUCGUCACCCCCCAGUUUAGAUCUGUGGAAGAUCAUUUUAUCCACAACUAAAACUAAAAAGGAACCUGAAAAUGAAAAGGCAAAUCAACUAUUAUAGUUUAUGGCUUUAGAAUUUAUAAUUGGGCUUCAAUUCACUGUUUAAAAAAAGGAAACUGAUAAAAAAGGAUUGCAAAUAGAAAUAAACAUAUUCAACCUAAGUUUCUUCAGCAAACAACUGAAAGCAUAAGGCCAGUGACAUUGUAUGUGUGUGUUAUUCUGUACAAACCUCGUCCAGACACUGACAACACCAGUGACUGUGUGUCUGAAUCCAGACACUGAGGAGGAAACCUGCCCCCGAGUGCAGCGGUGUGGCUCACUGGGGGAGUUAAUAGCUGGUGGACAACGGUGAA